GUGCCGGAAAAAGUACUCUUGGUAAUUUGCUUCUUGGCCAGCCGCACGAUGAAGGUCCUUUUCAUGUAUCAGGGGGUAUGGAAUCUUGUACUCAAGAAUGUUUCACGUCGAUGGUGAACAUCGAUGGCGUCAAUUAUAACCUCGUUGACACACCUGGCAUCCUCGAUACACAAAAGCCAACGAGUGAGAUCUUUGAAAAAAUUGCGAAAACAGUCCAACAGUGUGCAUACGGUAUCAAAGCCAUCCUUUUCGUCUUUGAGGCAAGGCGAUUUACUGAUGAACAAAAAAAAGUCUUACAAGGAAUAACAAUGUUUCUUGGUGAAGAGGCAAUGAAUUAUAUUAUCGCUAUUUUUUCCCGAACGACUAAAAAACAAAAUAGUAGCAGGGAUGAAAUGCGAAAAGCUUGGAAUCCAGUCGUUUCCUCAUUCAUCGACCAAAUAGACAACCGCUGGGGAAUAUCUCCAGAUUCGGACCACUUCCUUCCAGACGAUCCAAUUCACAAAGCUCGAUUGGGGGAGAUAAGGGCAUUUAUCGCUGGUACACGCGGCAUUUAUACAACUAAAGCGUUUGAACUUGCUCAGGGUAAGAAUGAAGCCGAAAAAAUUUAUCAAGAAAGAUAUGAUGAAAUGCAAAAGGAUUACGACAAAAGAUACGAGGAAUCUCUAAAGAGCACAAUAGAAGGCAUGAGACAAAAAUAUGAGUCUCAAAUUGCAGAAAUAGAAGCGAGAAGAGUUGAAGCGGAAAGAAUUUCUCGAGAGAGACUCGCAGAAGCGGAGGCCAGAAGAGCUGAGGCCGAAAGAGUUCAGCAUGAGAACAUUUCUGAAAUGAAAAGAGGACUCGCAGAAGCGGAGGCCAGAAGAGCUGAGUCCGAAAGAAUUCACCUCGAGAAACUUUAUCAAGUGAAAGAAGAAUUUAAUCAAAGAGAGCAUGAAAUUAUUCGAUCACGUGAUUCAGAAAUUGCAGGACUCCGGUCGCAAAUUGAUAAUUUGCGAAGAGAUGAAGGCUGUUUUGCUCUUGACACGAAAGUGCAACUUGCAAGCGGUAAAAUGAUAGAGAUGAAAGAACUUCAAGUUGGAGAUUAUGUUCUCAGCGACGUUAGAAACAACAAACCAGAAUUUUCAGAAGUUUAUUUAAUAUCUCAUAUGGGGCAUCACGAUGGUUUCUUAGAAAUGGUAAGAGUUGAAUUCACCAACCCCGAUGGUAGCAAAGGUCACAUCCGCACGACACCUAAGCAUUACAUAUUCCGUAGCGAUCUAUCGAUUUUGUAUGCUCGAGAUGUGGUGCCUAAAGAGACUAGAAUUCUAGUUUUGAAUAAGUCAAAUGAACUUAUCUCUGUUACAGUUGAUAGCUUGUUUAUAGAACAAGACACUGGAUACAUUGGUUUCUACACACGCGCUGGUACCGUAAUUGCAAAUAAUAUUUUGUGUUCAUGCUAUGACGACUGUCCGCCAUCACAAGCUCUGAUGGAUCUGGUAUUUGCACCGAUUCGGUUGUGGACUAAAGUUUUCCCUUCUAACCAUCGUCAAAAAGAACUCCAUCCAUAUGUGCAAAUUUUGGAGACUGUUUAUUCCAAA